ACAACGCAUCCGCCAACGCGGAAUUGGCGCUUAGCAUUUUAGCCGAGAAGGUCUGGACUUAAACCUAUUCAAUAAUUACAAAAUAACAAGAUUUGACUGUCAAGAAGUAUAAUUAAGGGACAUAUUAUUAUAACUGAAGGGUUUAUUUACCUGUUUUACCGUCCUAAGCCGUUGUUUUUCCACCCUGCGCCGGUUCGAGUUAGCAUUAGCAGCUAACAACACCGUGCCGAAAAGUGUUUAUUUAUAUCUGUGCACAAAUUUACUUAUUUUUCGGGCAACAGCGUAUGCUGGUAGUAUUUUAUAACAUCAGCGACGUUUUAUUCGGGCUCUUGAAUUUGUGUGCAAAUUAAAGCGAGUUUAAGUGAAAAACGCAUUAGCUAAAGGAUCGGAAUCCGUUCACAACAGCACAAUGUCUGAUUUUGAUGAGUUUGAGAGACAGCUAUCUGAAAACAAGCAAGGUGACAGUCUAAAUGGUCAUGAGCGUGACAAAGAAAACCGCCAUCGCAGGCGCAGUCCGUCACGCAGCCGUAGCCGAGAGAGGAAGAGGAGAAGCAGGGAGAGAAGAAGCAGGGAACGCCGCAGCGAUAGCAAGGACCGCCGUCAUAGGCGCAGUAAUCAGGCACCGAAUCAACCCCAAGAAAAUGUCAGUCGUUCACCUCACCGUGAGAAAAAGAAGAAAAUCAAGAAGUACUGGGAUGUACCACCUCCAGGCUUUGAGCAUAUUACACCCAUGCAAUACAAAGCCAUGCAAGCUGCUGGUCAGAUCCCUGCCACUGCCUUACUGCCCACCAUGACGCCGGAUGGCCUGGCAGUGACGCCGACCCCAGUGCCUGUAGUGGGCAGUCAGAUGACACGCCAGGCUCGCAGACUUUACGUUGGCAACAUCCCAUUUGGCAUUACAGAGGAAUCAAUGAUGGAUUUUUUCAACGCUCAGAUGAGGCUCGGUGGGCUGUGUCAGGCACCAGGAAACCCUGUUCUCGCGGUUCAGAUUAACCAAGACAAGAACUUUGCUUUCCUUGAGUUCCGAUCAGUGGAUGAGACCACACAAGCCAUGGCGUUUGAUGGCAUAAUUUUCCAGGCACAGAGUUUAAAGAUCCGCCGGCCACAUGAUUACCAGCCUUUACCUGGCUUGAGUGAGAACCCGAGCGUAUACGUGCCAGGUGUGGUGUCAACUGUCGUACCGGAUUCUAUUCACAAGCUUUUCAUCGGAGGCUUGCCUAACUAUCUCAGUGACGACCAGGUUAAAGAGCUGUUAACCUCUUUUGGACCUCUAAAAGCCUUCAAUUUGGUGAAAGACAGUGCAACAGGACUGUCAAAGGGCUAUGCUUUCUGUGAAUAUGUGGAUGUUAAUGUCAACGAUCAGGCCAUUGCAGGAUUGAACGGUAUGCAGUUAGCAGAUAAGAAGCUGCUGGUUCAGAGGGCAAGUGUAGGGGCCAAGAAUGCCACAAUGAUGAGUAUAAAUGAGACUCCAGUGACGUUGCAAGUGCCAGGAAUGAUGACCAACCCCAUGGUACAGAUGGGUGGUACACCCACAGAGGUCCUCUGUCUGAUGAACAUGGUGGCACCCGAGGAGUUGCUGGAUGAUGAGGAGUACGAGGAGAUAGUGGAGGAUGUCAAGGAGGAGUGCUCCAAGUACGGCCAGGUCAAAAGCAUAGAGAUCCCUCGACCUGUCGACGGACUGGAGGUCCCUGGAACUGGCAAGAUCUUUGUGGAGUUCACUUCUGUUUUUGACUCCCAGAAAGCCAUGCAGGGCUUAACAGGAAGAAAGUUUGCUAACAGGGUGGUGGUGACCAAGUACUGCGAUCCAGAUGCCUACCACCGUCGAGACUUCUGGUAGAAACAUGAGGAAGAGAGAGGAAAAGGAUGAAAUAGCAGCUAUGUGAUAUUAGCUCUAUAGACAGAGAAGUUAAGGCAGAGAUGAUGAAAGGGGGAACAUUUUUGUACUCAUAAAUAAGCCGAAAGGCAAAUCUUCUUUUUUUGUUGUUUUGAGGGUUAAAUUAAGAUUUGUGAUCAAUUAUGGGAGGGUUGUUUCUUUUGCUUUUGUUUGUAUUUUAAGAACAUUAGCGGAAAAUGGCUUAUUCUGUUAAUAAAAUUGUUACUAUUUUUUAAUUGUAUACUGAAGCAAAAAUUGUAACAUCGUGACGUUGCUGCCCAACAGAGAAGCACCAAGAAAUGUACGCAGAGAUGCACUCGGCAUUACCAUAGUUAUAUUCAGGCAGGUAAUUCAAAUGAAGAUGUCAUCAUCUUGUCCUUGACUUUGUUUUUUAUCCCUUUUUUAUUCCACGCUUUGAAUUAUAACCCAUUGAUCCUUUUCACAAGACAUUUGUCUUCUCUGUUGGCCAAAACGCCACGUCUCCCUCCCAUUCUGUAGCUUCUCACAGUUUAUAUCUUCAGUUAUUAGACUGUCCCAGAGCUUGUUUUUGGUAUAAAAUUUUCUCCUUUAACUCAUUUGAUCUCUUUCAUACGUAAUUACCUUCCCAUUUGGCGACGACAUAUGUCCUUUGUGGAAGCAUUUGUGUUUCUAUGUGUGAUUUUCAGUAUAAUAGGCCACUUUUGAUAAUAAAAUAUUGGAAGUAUGAA